AUGUUGAGACCGCCUUGCAGCACCCCAGAGCAUGAAGAUGAGGAAGAGCUGGAGCUGGAGAAGGGGCCCAUCCAAGAGUUCUGCGAACAGCUACAGAACAAGCGGGCAUGGACGGGCACGUACAUUUUCUUCACGGCAUAUGCCCUUUUCGCCAUCGACAUCGAUGCGAUGGUCGGGGAUAAGUCCUCCCGAAUAGGAGUGGCCAUCUGCACGACACUGGUUGCCAUUGCGUUCCUCUUCGAGCUGUUUGUGCAUUGCAUGGGGAAGCGCGGCUACAUGACCAGCGCCUUCUUCAUUCUGGAUCUUGUGGCUUUCAUUUCCCUUAUUCCAGACACGAUCAUCAUGCAACUGGCCAACGAUGGCAGUGCCUUUGUGGCGGGCCGCUCUAGCAGGCUUACCAGGAUGCUGCGCCUUUUCGGGCGCUCCGCGCGAGCGGCGCGUCUGAAUCGAUUCGGCCGCAUCGCGAGGAUUGCAGCCUUCAUGCCCAAGCUACAGGAGCUUCAACGCUUUUGGGGGCACAAGGUGGAGGAAGACGACGCCGCGCGAGUCCUUGAAAAGAAGAUCUACCGAGUCUUCUGCUUCCUUGACGAGGACAUGGACAGUUGGGUGGCAAAGUCUGCUCUGGAGACGUGCAAAGACAAACUGUUCAACAUGGCCCACCUUGAAAAGAAAAAGCCUGAGUGGGCAUCCAAGCUGCGGAUGCUAGCAGCAGCGGCCCACGUGACGACAAAGGUACGACGGGAUGACCCAAGCGCGAGCCCAAAUGCCAUUAGCAACGGUACUGGCUUGGACUCGCAGACACCAGCGGACAUCGCGACUGCUCCGUCAAUAGCGUCAACGGCGAAGAGCCUGGCAAAGAAGGACGGUGCCAUACUGGGCUCGCAGUCAUUGGCCCGUGGGAUCGAGAAGCCUUUUCAGGAUCAGGUGGAUUACCCGGAGUUCCGGGAUGCAAUAAUGAGCGAACCUCCCUUGGUCCAGUGGCUCAAAAAUGCGGUGAUCCGUCAGCUCAAGCGUGGCAACAACAUGCAGGCAGUUCGGCAACGGAAUGCGGAGUACAUCGGGGUGAAGGUGGCCAUGGCAAUUCUGUUCAUAAUUGCCAUUCUCAGUUAUGUCGAGCCGCUAAUGGAGGAUACAUCCCUCAACUACGCUUUCGCAGCGAUGAACAGCUUCGUUGCGAUAAAGUACGGCAGUCCUCCGGUGAACACGACCAUUCCGGACGUGGUUCGCAGGCAAGUGGCUACCUGGACGUUGCACGAGGGCUGGGCGCGGCCGCACCGGCCACUGUUGUACUUGGACCUCCAACGGAAAGUCUACUGCAACUCAUUGCUGGGUGCCCACGAGAAGCGCUGCGAUGCGCCCCUGAGCGAACCCCUCGUUUGGGGAGCGACGAAGAGGCUCGACGAGGUGGACAUCGAUGUCAUCGCCUCGAAGCACCGUCAGAUGGACUUGCUGCUUAUGCGGUAUCCAGACUUUGACGAUGAGGACAUCACGGCCGAGGACCUCGAGAACAUGACGGAAGCCGUUGCACUGUUUCUGAAUCGAGCAGACACAGUCGCCACUGCUCGAGACUCUAUCAUCACCACAUGGGUGGUUCUCUUCCUCAUCGUUAUCGGCAUUACCUUGCUCACGCGGGAUCUCACGUACUUGUCCAAGAACCUUUUGAAGCCACUGGUGGAGCUGGCCGAUGAAGUGGAAAGUAUUACUCGCCUUCAGCUAGCGGCUACGGCCACCAAGUCAGCAUCGAGCCAAAGCUUGGAGGAGAGUCAAAACGUGUCCAGCGAGAUCAGGCUGCUCCGCCGACGCUUCGACAGCAUGAAGACCGCCAUCCGCUCAUGGGGCAAGUACGUUCCAUGGCCUGUGGUGCAGCUAAUGAUGCGCAAGGAUGCAGAAGCCAACAUCGAGGUCUCCGAGCGCAAGGUGACAAUGUUCUUCUCGGACAUCGCCAGUUUCACCACCAUCGUCGAAAGCCUGCCACCCAAGAGCUCGCUGCUGCUGCUGAGUCGCUACUUUCAGGAGAUGUCCAAGAUCGUGGAUGCCCACGGAGGCAUUGUUGUUGAAUUUAUUGGCGACGCGAUCCUGUGCAUCUAUGGCGCCCCGGUGGUCAAUGACAGCCAUGCCACCGUCGCGGUGAGGGCCGCGGUGGAGAUGCUGCAGGCAAUGAGCAGCAUCAACGCCUGGUUGGAGCGGCGGGAGCUGCCCAGGAUCUCCAUCCGAUGCGGAGUUCACACCGGUAAAGUGCUGGUUGGAAACAUGGGCAUGCAGUCCCGGAUCAAGUAUGGCAUCGCCACUUGGCGAAACAUCAGAAUUCUCAGCUUCUUGCGAGGUUCAAGGUGUGGUAGGCCCCGGCGCCCUCAAAAGAAGGGCAUCCAGUUUCGGGUGUGUGUUCCUGUGGCCCCGCUAGAUCCAGCACCUCACACGUUUGCGAGCAGAUCCCCAGUCCCACAAAUCACUUCCCCGGAGCCCCACAACGUCCUCUAA